UUUGACAUAAUCGUUUUAUAUCAUACCAAAUUAAGCAAAUUUGUAAUUAGGAAAAACGCUAACUAGAGAGAAAAGAUACUGGUAAGCUAGUGGUGUGACUGGUAUAAGUCUCUUGUUCUUACAAAUCAAAUCUUCUCUAAAUCAUUUUUAAACUUCUUUUCCUGCGUUUGAAACCUCAUUGUAAAGUGGCGUUGUAGUGAACAGAGUAGUUAGUUGGUAGUCUGAUUGCUACCAAACCCGGCGACCAGCGUCACUGUGUACUGAGGUUUCAGUAGAAAAACAAGCCUUCUGAAGACCGUACAUUAAUUAAUUAACAAUAGUUGAACUUUAGCCAGACAUUGUUGCUUGACCAGAUGUCAACACAGCUGAGUGCACCCGCCACAAAAAUUUGUUUUAUCUUGCAUUAGUUAAUUAGAGUGCAGGCACACGUAUUUUUGUUUUGGCAUGAAUGUCUAAAUACUACACAGAGCUUUUAGAUAUUAAAUAGUAUACGUAGUAAAUGUGAUUUUAAUACUUGUCUAGACUAGAUAAGAUAGAUUCGAACAAGUGUGUUGCCAUGCGCUCAACCGCACGCUGUGGCUUUCAAGAUGACUAUGGAACAAACUGCCCACAGUGUACGUUGCAUAAGAGUUAUUUAUUUUCUGGGCAACCAGAUAGAACUGGAACAACUGAUCAGUAGAGCGAGAGAUAUAGUUUAGCACCGCACAGGAAACAACCCAUGCACUGUUGACAUAAAAGGAAUUUGCCAAAGCCAGUAGUUGUGGUCGCCACUCUGAUUGAACUCUGUAUUUAGCAGAUAUUUGGUUGACUAGUGACGUCAUAUGUCUAACAUCGCAAAAUGCCAUUCCACCGACUUGAAGAAUACAAGCUCGAGGCAAUACAUUAUAACUUUGGACCAUGCAGAGCGCGAUGUAUGAUCGUUAAUUUACUCGUCGUUCGAGAUAAGUUUAGUUUACAGACGGAAACCACUUCCUGCCAAUUUGUAUCUCGUUUAGAUGUCAUUUGUAAACAGGAUACAUAAGCCAAUCGAUAUCCAUGUAGACUGUCCACGCCUUCUUCAGUCUUGUAUCUGCGGGUGGUCCCAUGCGUUCUAUAUCAGUAUGUACCGGGACUGUGGUUGUGUGUCAUUUGUGUUGCAGAGCUGACAAUGAGGUUUCGUUUCCUAGCAGUCAUUGGCGUGGUUCUAGUGCUUCACAAGUGUUCGUGUCAGGAAUAUUCUUUUGAUUACGACAACGAAUCAGAACGACAGAACCAAUCAGAACGACAGAACCAAUCAUCCCUAGACGCAUUGCGACAGCUUGUAAAGCGAGCGCAAUUUAUUGCGAGAGUAAGGGUUCUUCGAUGGUCUUCGUCAAAGGCCAACAGGACCAAGAUUCAAGUUCUUUGCACUUUGAAAGGAUACGUUUCCACUCCGACAUUGAGAGUUGCAGGGUACCUCGAAGAACGAGCUAAAGGACUCAUUGCGCAAGCGAAUGAAAGUCUAGUGUUUAUCAGAAAAUCUAAGAAACAUCCCAAUAUUUGGUUAACGGAGCGAAAUGGCUUGAAGAAGGUAGACGAAGAAAGAGAAGUACGGCAGCUUCUGGGAUUCAGUAGUACAUUUUGCCAGGAAGACCGCUUGAUAUCGACUGAACCCGAGGGGUACGCACACAGCAGAAGACAGAAAAAGUCCGUGUUGAGAUGUACUCCACAACAUCAAACUGACGACAAGAGAUGGUACGCAACGCUGACGGACACAUUACAACGACAUAGAGGAUGUGGUGCUGUCCUCGUCGACCGAGAAUGGGCAGCAACAUCCUCUCGCUGUGUCCAGCGGUACCGCAAUACGCCUGCUCGUCUUGAGCUCACUUCGUUAAAGAAACAGAAGAGACGCAUUUCUCGCAUAAAUCUAAUCACAUUUCACCCCACUUGGAAUCAAUCGAAUGGUCGCGAUCUCGCUCUCGUUCGCCUUCUCAAACCGUUGCAAUCGUGGAGCGAGAGCAAACCUAUUUGUCUAGCAAACAAUGUUGUGGUAAAUGCAACUACGGAGGAGGUCUACCACAACGCAGUUUCUAACACCGCCUCCACUAGAUUGUUUGACCGCCAAUGUUCACCGUGGGGCAUAUCGAUUUCUAAAACGACUGACGGCAAGAGCUUUCUUUCCCAAAUAUUUAGCAGACUGCUAGACUGCGGAAGGAAAGUGUCUAUCGACGUUCUCAACGUAAAAGAGUGGAUCGAGAAAAUCAUUUACAAUGCAGAACAAGAACUAGCAUAUCAAUGAACCGUAUACUCUUCUAUACCUAACACUAUACUAAUUUUGAAGACUGCAUGUUACGUUGAACGUUCAAUUCAGUUACGUUACAUGUAAGUGUGUCGUUAAUAGUCUUGUAGCCAACUUCCCUAGAAGACGAUGAAACAUGUUUGUUCCUCAAUUUGUA